CCCCCUUCACUGGUCUCCAGCCAAGCUUUUGUCUCUUUGGGAGCCACUAAGCCUAACGCCGAGCCGAGCAGGUGGAGGGGACCCCAAGGAAGGCAGAAGGACAAAGAGAUAGAAGCAGACAGGCAUGCAGAACAGAGAGAGAGAGAGAGAGAGAGAGAGAGGAGACAGGCAGAGUGGACGCGGAGAGAGAAAGGGGUGGCAGGAGGAGUGUGGUGGGAGGACGUGGCUCUGGGGCACAGCCACCAGCCACCACAGUGGGUGUGAAGGGGUUGGGGGGAGCAGGGGUUGGGAGGGCCAUGAUGGUGGUGCUCAGCCUUUCAGAAGAAGCUGGAGCCGGCCUACCAGGUGAGCAAGGGCCACAAGAUCCGGCUGACCGUGGAGCUGGCCGACCCCGACGCCGAUGUCAAGUGGCUUAAGAAUGGACAGGAGAUCCAGAUGAGCGGCAGGUGCACUGGGGGGGGGCGGGCGGGGAGGGGGGCCUGGAGGCUCCCCAGCCCGCUCUCCCUGCCUCCCGCCACCCAUGUUCUCUACCGAGACCGGUCCCUGCCCUGUCUCCCCCACCCCCACUCCCCUCUUUCUGGUCGUUUCCCAUCUUUCUGCCUGUCUCUGUUCUUGCUUUUUCUCUUCGGCUCGCUUCCUCUCAUCCGGACGCUCCCACGGCCCCUUCGGCUCCACAGCAAGUACAUCUUUGAGUCCGUCGGGGCCAAGCGCACGCUGACCAUCAGCCAGUGCUCGCUGGCGGACGACGCGGCCUACCAGUGCGUGGUGGGCGGGGAGAAGUGCAGCACCGAGCUCUUCGUUAAAGAGCCCCCCGUGCUGAUCACUCGGCCCCUGGAAGACCAGCUGGUGAUGGUGGGACAGCGGGUGGAGUUUGAGUGUGAGGUGUCUGAGGAGGGGGCCCAGGUCAAAUGGCUGAAGGAUGGGGUGGAGCUGACCAGGGAGGAGACCUUCAAAUACCGGUUCAAGAAGGAUGGCCAGAGACACCACUUGAUCAUCAACGAGGCGACGCUGGAGGACGCCGGGCACUAUGCGCUGCGCACCAGUGGCGGCCAGGCGCUGGCCGAGCUCAUCGUGCAGGAGAAGAAGCUAGAGGUGUACCAGAGCAUUGCAGACCUGACGGUGGGCGCGAAGGACCAGGCGGUGUUCAAGUGUGAGGUGUCCGAUGAGAAUGUGCGGGGCGUGUGGCUGAAGAACGGGAAGGAGCUGGUGCCUGACAGCCGCAUAAAGGUGUCCCACAUAGGGCG